AUGGCGCCUUUUUUUGUUUGCAAGACGGGCGUGGCCGAUUCAGAGCUGCAGCAGCGGGGCUCCGCGCGCGGCUCCUCGCGGCGCCGCGGCGCGGCGCGCAGAGAGGGCAGCGCUGGUGGCGGGGAGCAGGGCGUGGCGCCCGUUCCAAAGGCCUUCUUGUGCCCGAUCACGAAAGAGGUGUUGAAGGAUCCGGUGCUGGCGGUGGACGGCCAGGUGUAUGAGCGGGAUGCGAUUGAGCAGUGGUUCCGGUGGAACCGCACGAGCCCUAUGACGGGGUGCUUCCUGCACGCCACUGGGUUGCUGCCAGAAGAGCCUCUUCGCAGGGCCGUGGAGGAGUUCAUGGAGUGGCACUCUGGAGCCGGUGGUAAGGAUGCUCGCCACGCUGCUGCCGCAGGCGCCGCGAGAGAGCCGGAGGCGCACAUCCUUGAGACGCUGCAGGAGGAACAGAUGCGGGUCAGCCAGCUCCAGGAGAUCAUACGCCGCAGCGCCGACCGGCUGCGUCGCGCCGCAAAGGCUGGCAGCGGCGACGACCUGCUGGCAGAGGUAGUUGCUGUAGCCAGUGAACUCGAGGCUGGAGUCCCCUCAGCCCCAGUGCAGGAGGAGAGGGACCAGCCGACCGCGGUGCAAGCGGAGGCCAGGGAGGACGCAACCUCCUCCACGACGGCCAGCUCCCGCCGCGGAGGCGUGGAGGACGAGGAGGUGCAGCCACUCAGCCAGUGUAUUCAUGUGCUGCGCGGCCACACCGACGGCGUAAGCUGCGUGGCCGCCGUUGGGUUGGAGCGCCUGGCCAGCGGCUCCGCAGACAAGUCUGUGAAGGUGUGGGACGCGAGGACCGGCGUCUGCCAGUGGACCCUCGAGGACCACAGGGACUCCGUCACGUGCGUGACCGCGCUGCGCCCAGACGUGCUGGCGAGUGGCUCGGAGGACGGGACAGUGAAGGUCUGGGACACGACGUACGGCCAGCUAUUCGUGACGCUGCAGGGGCACGCGCAGUCCGUCCGGGGCGUCGCGGCGCUCGCCCCCGACCGUCUGGUGAGCAGCUCUGACGACAAGACCCUCAAGAUCUGGGACGUCACUACCGGUCAGUGCUUGAGGACCCUCAAAGGGCACAGUGACAAGGUUCGGAGCGUGACGGCCUUUGGUUCAGGUUGUGUCGCGAGCGGGUCUUUCGACCAGAGCGUGAAGAUUUGGAGCGCGGUGGACGGCAGAUGCAUCGCAACGCUGAAGGGUCACACGAAUUGGGUCAGGGACGUGGUCGACAUGGGGAGCGACCGCCUGGCGAGUUGCUCCGACGACAAGACCAUCAGGAUCUGGGACUCGUCGUCCAGGCGAUGCAUCCGGGUGCUGCAGGGCCACAACGAUUUUGUCACGAGCCUGGCAGUACGCGGCUUGGGACAUUUGGCCAGCGGUAGCGACGACUACAACAUUUGCUUCUGGGACAUUAACGGUUCGGCGGGGUGCGAGGACCCGGUGGGCACGCUGACGGGCCACCAGCAUCUCGUUCGCGGCGUGGCUGCCCUCGGCCCGUCGUUGCUGGCCAGCGGCUCGCUCGACCAGACAGUCCGUGUGUGGGGCAACCCAGAGAACGUCUUCUGUCUGUAG